AUGUCUUCAGCUCAACUCAAAAGCCUUGCAAUGCUUUCUUCAGUCUUAUUUAUGAUGAUUCAAUCAGCCUGUGGUGUAUAUGGUAAGUAAUACAGAGAUUCUCUACUUAUCACUAAAACUACUUAUCACUACACAGUACAUUUAAAACUUCUUUAACUUCUUUGUAACGAAAAAAUGUAAAUCAAGAAGUUCAAUCUGUAAAAGUUUUACUGUAGUUUAUACUUUAAAAACGUUAGCUUUACUGAGCUAGGAAAUCAAUUAAUGAUAACCAAAGUUUAAUAACUAUUUAUAAAGAUAUUUAUAAAAGACCUUCAAAAUAUUGUCAUAUUAUUAUUUCUUUUGUUGCAGUGUUUGCGCGGUAUCAACCAGAACAAGUAAUCGAAAGGUUAUUGGAAAACGCGGGUAUUUCUUCAUUGGAUCGACCGGUACUUAAAGUAAGUACCACUUCUUAAAUUAUUAUCUACAACAUUUUUACCUUAGCUUUAGCCUUAGCUUUAGCCUAGCCUUAGUGCUUUGUUUCAAGUAGAAUUGCUGAGUCUUUGCGACGUAAGCAGCGAAAAAGCAUCAAAAAUGUGGUGAAUAUUGAAAACUCACCUGUUGCACGCAUUUGUAACAAGUUUAAAAACGUGAUUUUUAGUUUUUAAACUACAUUUUAUGAGGUCCAAGGACUCAAACAAAAUUUAUGUUUUACAUUUUAAAAAAUCAUGUGUAAAGCUGUGUUUUUAACUAUAAAAAUCAUGAACAAAAACUUGCGCAUUAUUGUCAAUGUAUAAAGGCCAAUAAGUCUAUAAAAAUGUAGCAAUUGUCUUUACAAACGUCAUUGCUUAAUUUUUAGAGGCCAGUAAAAAGAAACGCAGCAUCAGUCCGACCUCUUCCAGCCUCAAUUCCCGUCUGUGAAACUAAAAUUCUAGAGAACCAUCAGCCUAAAAUAGGAAUCGGUAAGUUGUCAAACUUAAAAAAAUACGAAAUAAAAUUUAAAAAAAAAUUAUUUAAAAAUUUUAAUUAUAACAAGAUUACUAGACUUAACAGCUUUCAAGUGUUGUAAUCACACUGCCUACCCUACCCUGCCCUACCCUACCCUACCCUACCCUACCCUACCCUACCCUACCCUACCCUACCCUACCCUACCCUACCCUACCCUACCCUACCCUACCGUACUCUACCCUACCCUACCCUACUUUUCUCGUUUCUAUUAUGUCUAUCCUAUUGUAUCUGUUUCUAUCUUGCUCUAUUUCCUUUUACUUUGCUCUCUCUUCUACUAUUGCCCUACUUCUCUACCGUAUCGUACCUUCUUCCACCAUUCUUUCACUUCUAUCCUACCUGGUUCUACGCUACUCUACUCUACCUUACUCUACUCUACUUUAACUGAAAAAACUUUUUUUCAAGGGUCAUUAUUGUUCCAAAAAUAGUUUUUAGCUCAUUGACCUCAUAAACUUUUUUUGCGUCACUGACGUCGUCUACUGCAAAACAUAUUGUUUUUUCUUAAAUAAGUUUUUUUGCAAUACCUUCCUCAUGCAAAUCUUCUUGAAUACGAACUUCUUUGCCACAUGACGUUUGUCAUAGGUCUAAUGAUCAGCCUCCUAAAAAGUAUAUUCUUUCCUCCGUUUUUGCCUCUUUUUAUCUAUUGUGUGGGUUGACCGUUACGGUCGAAUGGUUAGCUUUCUCGUUAAAAAUUAAUCAACCUAUACUCACAUUUUACAUUUUAAACUAGUGUUUAUGUUAUGGAACAUUAAAAAUGUUUGUAUUACUAUAAUGUUCAAUAAUGUUUUUAGUAUGUUUGACCGUAUUGACUUUGGGUCUAAUUUUAACCCGAGCCUUUGAAUUUAUAAGUAUGAAAGUAAAGGUUAAAAUAGUAUGGCAUUUAUUUGUGAAUACAUUUAUAUUUACUAUAGGGUUAAAGCUAGGGCUAUUGCUAGGGCUACAGUUCGUGCUAGGUAUAGGGAAUAAUUUGCCAAAAUAUCAUGUCGUAUGAUAUACAAAAAAAACAAAAAAAACCAAAAAAUAAAAAAAACAGCUGAGAAUACAUUUAUCUAACCCUCCCUUCCUUCCAGACCAAAACGGCAGCUACGUCGAAAUCGAACAAAGCGACAAACGCGAGUUCCGCGCAACUUUCGUGGAAUGUGCUGACAUUCUGCGCGGCCCAUGCUUCGGCAUUGACACAGCCUUCUUUACCUCGGAAUGUGCUACCGUAUUCGGGCUACAACCCGCGUAUGUCCGACCGGAUGGUUCGGAUGAGGCUUUCAAAGAGAGUUUGAUCAAAGUGCCAAUUGCUUGUGAAUGUCGAUUACGCAAAAAGUUGUUCCUAAAACCCUAA